UUCCCUCGACGACGAUCCAGAGCGCUCUCUUCUCCGUCCCUCCAAAGAAGAACGAGGAUGCCCCGCUUCGCGUCCGCGACGGCUCCCUCCCGCGCGGCCGUUUUGCGCCGCUCGCCCGGCCAACCUUUUCCUCCCAGCCGCCGCCACUUCUCGUUGCCAAACUUGCAAAGCCCCUCCGGCCCCCGCCGCAGGCCGAAGAAUGUCCCCAACCCUCUAGGAGGAGUCUGAGAAGGCGCCUUGGUGCUUUCGGCUGCGGCGGCCGUAGAUCGCGCUCGGGAGGCGAGCCCGGCGACGGGGUAGCGCGCAGCUCUUCCGCUCCUCCGCCGCUUUUGCCGGCGCAACUGGAGGCAAAGUUUACACUCCUGCACGGCAGCUACUUUUCUUUCUCCUUCCGCCGCCGCCGCCCCCCUCCCGCCACUUCUUCUUCUUCUCUCUCCUUCCUAUUGGAGGGCUUGGAUCUCGUUGCAGAGGCACCGGCGUCUCUUCCGCACGUCCCCCCCCCCGUGCCGCCUCACCUUCCCCUGCGUCGCGUCCGUCCGGACUGACAAGCUGGAAGGAUGUCCGUGAAAUUGACAAGCCGGCUUCUGAAACUGACGAGGCAAGGCUGGCGGCUAACUCGGUCUUCCUUCCCGAAGCAGCCGCGGCCAACCCAUCUUCCCGGAUGAAGGACGCCUGCUUGAAAGACAGAAAAGGGAAAGGGCUUCUUGAAAGGAAGAGGAGGAAUUUCUUUCUUGCCCCGUCCCCAGCCCCGAUUUUUGUUUUAUUGUUGUUGUUAUUAUUUUCAUUUUCUCGGGGCGGGGGAGUGAGUGUUUGGUUUUGUUCGACCUUUUUGUAAAGGACUUUUUUUAAAACACACACCAACAACAUUUGGAGAGGUACAAGAACUGGAGAGCUCGGCUGUCAUAAUACUUUUUGCUGAGGGGGCGUGGGAGUCGCCUGAAGAGGAGUCCGGCGCACGCACCCCUCAUGGACCCAGAGGUGGGAGAGAAAAGGAAGGGGGGAGAGAUGAAAGAGGGCACCCCCUGAACCCCAAGAAGCUUUGUGCGUCUGUUGAGGGAGGAGAGGCAGAGAAAGUGGGCUCCAGCACCUUUGCGUGAGCAUUCUGCUGUCUCGCUCUCUCGCUCUCGCUCUGUGUGUAGUGGGGGGGGGAGUCAAUCCAUCCAUCAAUCUUUGAUUAAGGUCAAUGAUCAGCAUAGUGGGGAAGAGGGGUAGCUGCUGAACAGCAUCCCUGAUGGUGAUGGGUGACGUUGAGGUCCACCUUUGCAGGGAUAGACUGUGUGUGUUGUUGUUUCAUUUUAAAAGCCAGGAUUGCAGAGGAGGAGAGCCGUAAGUGGGAGGAAACUCCUCCUGGUGUGCAAAAGAAACCCAGCGAGACUUUUCUCUUGAGAGGGUGGAGAUCCCAGGGGGGCAGCCAAAAAAAAAGAAAUCCUGAUAGGAGCUGAGGUGGUGUUGGCCAUAGGAAGUGAAGCAAAAUUCCUGUGGCUCCUCUCCUCCUCAGCAUCCCUGUCACACUGAGCCCAUCCCCAAUGGAGGCUGGCCCUUUUUAAAAAAGAAUGACUUUCUCUGACCGGAUUAAUGCCACCUUGAAUGGGAACAACACGGGCGAGGGCGAGGGAGACGAUGGGUCCUGGGCAGGAGGGGAUGAUGAUUCCAACAGCACUUCCGUGGCCCUGGGGCUGAGCCUGCAGUCGGUGGGGGUGGGGGUCUUCCUUGCCAUCUUCAUCCUCUCGGCCAUUGUGGGCAACAUCUUGGUCAUUCUCUCGGUGGCCUGCAACCGUCACUUGCAGACGGUGACCAAUUACUUCAUCAUCAACCUGGCCAUUGCUGACCUGCUCCUCAGCACCACCGUGUUGCCCUUCUCGGCCACUUUGGAGGUUUUGGACCUCUGGAUCUUCGGACGCAUCUUCUGCGACAUCUGGGCAGCGGUGGACGUCCUCUGCUGCUCCGCUUCCAUCAUGAGCCUCUGCAUCAUCUCCGUGGAUAGGUACAUUGGGGUCAAAUACUCACUCAAAUACCCCACCAUUAUGACCGAGAAGAAAGCUGUUGUCAUCCUGGUGGUGGUCUGGCUCUCUUCGAUGGUCAUAUCCAUCGGGCCCCUCUUGGGCUGGAAGGAGGAGCCGCCUGAAAAUGAUCAAACCUGUAGCAUAACUAUGGAGCCCGGCUAUGCCAUCUUCUCCUCCCUUUUCUCCUUCUACUUGCCUCUCAUGGUCAUCCUGGUGAUGUACUUCAACAUCUACGUGGUGGCAAGGAGGACCACCAAGAGCUUAGAGGCCGGGGUCAAGAAAGAGCGGAACAAGUCCAUGGAAGUGGUGCUCAGGAUCCACUGCCGCAGUGUCCUUGAGGACUCCCUUGCCAGCACUAAGGGCAAAGGGCACACUUUCAGGAGUUCUCUCUCCGUACGCCUCUUGAAGUUCUCCAGGGAGAAGAAAGCUGCCAAAACUCUGGCAAUCGUUGUUGGGGUUUUCAUCCUCUGCUGGCUGCCAUUCUUUUUCGUACUGUCUUUUGGUUCCUUCUUCCCUUCUCUGAAACCCUCGGGGAUGCCCUUCAAGAUCAUCUUCUGGCUGGGAUAUUUCAACAGCUGCGUGAACCCCAUCAUCUACCCUUGCUCGAGCAAAGAGUUCAAGAGAGCUUUCACCCGGCUCUUGAAGUGCCAAUGCCGCCGGAGGCGAAGGCCCAUCUGGAGGGUGUAUGACAACCACUGGCAGGGCGCCUCCAUGAAUGGCGCUGGCCAAGACUCCGAGAGGGAGCCGAGGUCCAGGAUUUCAACCCUCAAUGGCUCCUUCAUACUGAACUCCAGCCGCUUCGAAAGGUCCAGCAAGAGGAGAACUCUGAACUUUAAACGGUGGAGGAUGUUCUCCCCUUUCCAGAAACCGACCACUCAGCUGAAAGAGAAAAUGAACAGCCUCUCGCACAAGAUCCGAGGGGGCUCCAUCAGAGGCGGUGCAGCGGCCUCAUACAAAACGGAGGUUGAGUCCGUCUCGAUAGGGAUCCCCAAUGAAUUCAUGGAGUGUAUUGACUAUCAAAUUUAUGAUGAUUUGACAGACUCUGAGUCCUGUGGGCUUAAAGAAACAGAUAUUUAAUGCUAGCAGGGAUCAUCACCCUUUGGGGUUCCAUUUUGUUUUGUCAAUGUCUUACGCGUGGUUGGCUGUCGAAGGUGGAUGCUACCCUUGUGUGAGACAGAUGGAUUCAAGACUGAAUUGGGGGGGUAUAGCUCAGUGGUAGAGCCCAUGCUUUGUGUGCAGAAAGUCCCAUGUGCAAUCCCAAGCCAUCUCCCAUCAAGCAGGGUCUCAGGCAGUAAGGCUGGGGCUGAAGCUCUCUCCACUAGAGACUUAGGAGAGCGUCUGCCAGUCAGUGUAGGCACUACUGAUUUACAUGGAGCAAUGAUCUGACUCAGUAUAAGGAAGAUUCACCUGUUCAUGCAGGCUGUGUUUGAUUUGAACCCCCCCCCCUCUCUCUCUCAGACUGCAUCAAACACUGAAUCCACUUACAUCCAACAGAGGUGUUUGCUAACCAUUUCUUCCACUGGACAAACUCCACCAGCAUGAAAGAUGGUGGCAAAUGCCAGAUAUGCCAAAUGUCCAGAGUGGCUGGACAACCAGCCAGAUGGGCGACUAAUAAAUCUAAUAAAUAAAUAAAUAAGUAUGCCAAAUGCCAAACCAGGGUAUGGGGAGCCCUAUGUUAUUAUCCCGAUGCUCAGACCAUUAAGGUCCAAUGAAAAAUGGGUCUGGAUGGGACCCUUUGAGACCUACAUGGAUAGAUCCCUAAUGAAGCAACUUGCUAUUAGCCAUGUCCUGCAACAGACUUAGUAUGAGCUCUGGGGUUAGAUCAGAAAAGAAACAUUGAUCAGCAUGUGCUAUGAAGCAAUGAGAAAUACCGGUUUCUCUGAUAGGAAAGGAAGGGUGGUCUUGGCAGGAUUGUGAAAAUCCUUGCUAAGGCCAAGCGUGUGCCAGGAAGCUCUGAAAAAAAUGGUGCAAAUCACUAGAGGGGCUUUUGCAUAAAUCUGCCCAACAGCUAUUCUUUAUUCUGAACUCGAUUCAUUGCAGAACGCUCUGCAACGGGAGCAUGACUGCAGGCAGGAGAGGAAGAAUGAAGCCAGCCAGAGAGAGCAUAGGAGCACCACUCCCUGACGGAGCUGCUGCACUGGGAGGGGAGGGAAAGGAAAGGAAAUAAGAGUCUGACAUAGAAGAUCUCUUUGAUCUCGUUGUUGUUUUGAGGGAGGAAGCAAGAAAGGGGGAAUCUCUUCCUGGCGCAGAAGCAGAACUUUCUGAGGUUUGAAGCACAGGUGGGAGACCUCAGGACUGAGGACUGAAUGCGGCCCUUCAGGUCUCUCUAUAUGGCCCUCGGAACUCUAAUCAGGCCACAGGCCUCUCUGGCCCUGCUUGGCCCCCAAAGGUCCUUGAAUUCAGAUAAUGCCUCUUGUUUGUCUGGGUGGAAGUUGGAGGGUGGUGCAUGCAGAAAGGUGAAAUUUACAUUCAUUGCUCUACCCACGUUUGCUUUGGACUCCGCCCACUACUGGCCUGUGGCCCUCAGAAGGUUACCCAGAAGGGAAUGCGGCCCUUGGGCUGAAAAAGGUUCCUCACCCCUAGUUUAAAGAAGAGGAGAUGGUCUCAAUUUCAAACAUUGUUCCUACAACACUAAGGUCUAGAAACUUGCUUUUGACAUGCAAGGGCUUAAGCUCUCAAGAAUCCAAAUUUGGUGGUCUGUAGCCUUUUUCUUUUUUUAAUAAAAUCCUGAAAACAGCAGAAAUCCUAAAAGCGAGUCAAACGCAGCUUGACUAUCAAGUGCAGUCAAGUUGGAAUAACUAAAGUGGACUCUCUUAAACUUGAGGAUCAGCUCUGUCCUGUAUCCAUAAGGAGAGAUUAUCAGCUGUAGCACUGGGCUCAUUCAAAUGAGGAAGAGAGUCUAUAAUUUGUAAACUACCCAGUACUCCAGUCAGGUACAGCAAUGUGAUAAAUUUCACUUCGCCACAAUGGUUAGAUGUUGCAGACAACCAGCCCUCCACGGGAUUGCACAUGGUGCUUACUAUGGUCGUCUGUACGCAUGGAAGCUCAGGUGUGUGCCGAGUUGAUGAUGUUUACUCAAUGGUGUAGAGAAAUCACUCUGUGUAUGCUCAGAGGCACCUCCUUUUUGUACUAUUAGGUGAUAGGCUGGAAUUUCCUCUCCUACCCCCCUAACUCUGCAGAUUUUGGGGGAAACCGACAACAGAUUAGGGGGUGCAUGAGGUGCACACAUGAGGAGGAAACAGUCUGUUGCUCGGGCAAAAGUGCUUGCGCUAGCAGAACCGUUUAGAUGGAUUCUGCCCUUAGCUCUGAGUUCAACAUGUCUUUUGAACAUCACAUUUUCGAACUGGGUUCCACACUCUGGAUCCUUUUUUCGGUUUUCUCACAUGCAUUGGUUUGUGCUUCCGGGGUGUGUGUGGGAGAGGUCUCCAAACAUCUGCCAACAUGCAGUAUUCAGAUCCGAUGAUUCUCAAUAGAUUUGCUCCCAUUCAGAGAUGGCCUGAGACAUUUUGGUUCCGGAGACAGAGGCUCCCACCCACGGGAGCCAAAUAAUACAGUAAGGGCCGAGACAGGCUUAUGAAAAGCAGGUUGAAGCAUUGUGGGUGUGCUUUGAGAUGACGUGAUUCAUGUAGGGAAGGAGGGACCAGGCCUCAGUAGACCAGAGCACACGCUUUGCAUUGCAGAAGGUCCCAGGUUUAGUCUCUGGAAUCUCCAGUAAAAAGGACCACGUAGCACUCGGUGAUCGGAAGAACUCUUCUCUGCCUGAAAGACCCUGAAGAGAUGCUGCCAGUCAGAGUAGGCAAUACUGAGCUGGAUGGACAAAUAGUUUGUCCUGGUAAAAAGCAGCUUCUUAUGUUCCUACAUGUGACUGUAGCAUGAGAGAAAAUCAAAGGCCGUAGCUCAGUGGCAGAGCAUCCGCUUUGCAUACAGAAGUCUCAGGUUCAAUCCUCGGCAUCUCCAGGUAGCGCUAGGAAUAUCCCUAGUCUGAAACCCUGGUGAGCCACUGCCAGUCAGUGUAAACAAACCUGAGCUAGAUGGACCAGCAAUCUGACGCGGUAUAAGGCUGCUUCCUAUAUGCCACAAUGCAUCAGCCAUUGCACUGAUGCUGAGCUCUUUGGUGGAGGCUGGUCCAGCAUCUCAUCCUGCUGAAUGAUAGGGCCGGCCUUGAAUGUUUCACUAAAUAAUGUGAGGGAAAGAAACUGCAUAUAGAUAAGGCGGUGUGUGCCAAAAAAUAAUUAUGUGUCAGGAAGAGCAGAAUUCUUCAAUUUACCGAAUUUGCACCAUGUUUCCAUAUUUUGCACAAUUUAUUUUCUUUCUGCUAGCUGUAUGGGGAAGGUAAGAAGCUAUGCGGGGUGUUCAAUCCCCACACCCCGCUGACUGCCAGAAAUCUUAUUUAACCACCUUGGUUUCUCUCAUUGCCCAUAUGAUUUCAAGUGAAUCUUUGUAGUCAUAAGGACUAUAAACUUUUUAAAAAAAAAAAAAUGAAAGCAGAAGUUCUUAGGAAGAGUUGUUUUGUGUCCAAUACCCAGAAUUCUGUGUUUGUCCAGAAUGAAUAUGCACAACCUUCACAUCAAACAAAAGGGGGUGGGGACAUACAGGUACAAUAUGAGAAGGUUUCCAGCUUGGUUUAACCUCUAAACUGAGGUUUAAAAUUAUAUUAUGACUAUGAUCUUACAAGAAGAAAAGCAAAGAAAGAAAAAACAAAAUAAAGAGUUACAUGCAUAUUUUUCAAUUCCCUUUUCUCUUUGCUGUCAUUGCAUGAGCCGACUAGAUAAAUUACAGGCAGCCAUUCUGGUGUUUGUCAAAAUAUUUCCCCCAUAAGCAGCCAAUAAUGUCAGGCAAAACUGGCCCCGAGUGAGCUGACACAACUCCAUCUGGUCUGCUGUUCCUGCAUGCGUUCUGGCGAUUAGAGGCAUAUUUGCCAAAUGAUAUUUAGAAAUCACCAGCAAGUGCAUAUAAAUCAUCUGAACCCCAAAUUUGUUAAGUCAAUGGCAAAAUUCCCAAUAGGGCAUCUUGGUGGGAAAUGUAUUUUUUCCCUUUCUUGUUUAUUUAGGCUUGGGUGGAAGCCAGCAAAUCAAGACCUACAGUAAGUGGGAAUCAAACCCAAGAGCUGAAAAUAGCAUCACAGUCAUUGAAUGUUGCCUGUAGCUGUUUUCAUAGGCAAAAAUUUGACUGGCCAUUGAAAGCCCUUUGGCAUACAUUCAAAUUCCACUUGAGGUCAGUGGGAAGGUCUGCAUUUGGAGAUUUCUUUUUUUUAACUGUUUACAUGGGGUACCACUACAAUCAAUGGGUUGUGUUCAACUAAGUCCUACUCAGAGUAGACCCACUGAAAUUAAUGAGACCGACUUAGCCAUGCCCAUUAACUUCAGUGGGUCUACUCUGAAUAGGACUAGUGUUGAAUACCCCCCCAAUGGAUUUCUGUUGACUGAGGAUCAAAGUGUAGGACUCUUCAUUAACAUUCUUCAUUAAUUAGAUAACUGUAGAAGUCAGACUGCAAUGAAUAUUUUCUAGUUUUGAUUUUUCAGGCUAAAAAGAGAUUCUGAUGGGUGGGAAAGAUAUAUUUUUAAAACAUUGCAACUUUCCAGCCACGUAGUCAAUUCCACCCAAUAAGACAAUGACGAUGUCACGUUAUAUAGCCAAUCACAUUUGGCUAUAUGAUAACAUUACUGAGGGCAAGUGUGGGCAAUGAUUGGGGGCAGUGAGGGCAGUGCUUCCUGGAUUAGUCACAUGGAUUAGCCAGAGCAUCUUGGGAAGGUGUCACAGAGAACAGGCAAUCAUUCUUUCUCCAUAACAUAAAAAACAGACAUAAGAAAGCCCCACUAUGAUUUGAGCCUUCAUAGGCAGGAAUGUCCAUCUAAGAACAUACGAAAAGCCCUGCCGGGUCAGGCCAGUGGCCCAUCUAGUUCAGUAUCAUGUUCUCACAGUGGCCAACCAGAUGACUAUGAGGAAACAGAGAAAGUAUUCAGAGUGACCCUGAUCCAGUCCUGGGAACUAUGUUUUAAGGAUCACAUUGAAGCAUGUCCAGAGGAGGGGAACCAGGACGUGGAGGGGUUUGGAAACAGUGGCUGCUGUUGGCUCCAUGUCAGUGGGGCAAAGGAAUUUUGCUCCGGGUUUUAGAGUCUCCUUCCAUAGAGGUAUUUAAGAAUAGGCUGUGUGGCCUUCUGUCUGGGACACUGCAAUCUUGCAUUGUAAUCCCACAUCGAGCAGAGGGUCAGACUGGAUGACUACUAAGGCCCCUAUCAAUUCUAUGAAUCUACAAAACUGCUCCCUCAUUUGAUUUUCUGCAGUCUCCCAGACUAGGAGGUUCAUCACUCGCCAAUGCCAAAUGCCCUGUGGCCUGCUGAUGUCCAGUAUGUGAGGGGCAGUUGAACCACCAGUUUUCAUUCCCAUGGAAAUUAAGAGCAAAAUGCCUACAUGCAUUCAGGUGUUGUGAGAGUUCUGAACCCUUGGAUUGUCUCAGCAAGCAUUGAUAACCAGAUGUUUCCAUUGUCUUGAGUGUCUAGAUGCAGACAUUUCAGCUUCAGUAGGAUCACAUGGACCACUGUCAGUAGGAGCUCACCAGAGUGAAAACACCCAAGUUCAGACUAGUAAAUAGAACUGUUUCCGUUUGUUAUUUACUAAUCAGGUCAGCCACUAGUAAGAUGCUGGUAUGUUAACCCAAUCUUGUUAAUACUCAAAAAAUGUAUCCAGAUCAUUGUGGCCAAUAUCCAGAAAAAAAAUUGCAAAGUGCGUUGGUAAAACCAGGGCUGUAGUGAAUUGCAGUCUGGUAGGACAUCAAAUGGAUCAUAGGCUCCUACUGAGAAAAUCCACUGCAACAGGUUAACAAUAAAGAGAAUGUGCCCGAAAUCCAGGGAUCGAUCUGUAGGAUUGAUAUGCAAAUAGAUCAGUGCUCCAAAGAAACAACAUACAGAUGUAGGGCAGAGCCAUGCACAUAAUAAGAAUUCCUCUUUGUUCCUUUUGCUACUGCAGUUUCCACUGCUGAAGAGGCAAGCCUCUGUUCCAUUAUACAAAAAGACUUGCAUCUUUGACAGUGGGAACUAUAAAAAUAAAGACCAGGUGAAGGCCCUACCUUGGACAAUGGGUGUUACAUAUGGAGGAGGGAAUGUCAUAUUUGAUCUCCCAAUUUCUUUGUCUGCUCAACACAGUUAACUGAAUGACAAAAUCUCACCUCCAAUGAAAUCUCACCACCAUUACAGAACAAGGGAGAAGACUCCGCUCAUUAUGCUGGACUGCUGUUUUAUAACCUUUCUAUUUUAUUGUUUACAGAUGUGUACAUAGGUGUACAUUUCCUUUAAUGAAUCUUUGGAUAUUUCAUGUCUAGUUCCUUUUUUCCACCCUUUGAAAAAUCUACAAAUCUAUUUAUUAGCCAGAAUGGGAUUUUCCUUCCUGUUACAUGAUGCAAAUUCUGCUGUACUGAUUGAUGUAUAUCUUUGCAAAACCAGAAUGCACAUUAUUAAUGUUUUCUUUAUUUGUACCAAAUACACACACAACUCUGCCUAAAAAAAGUGCAUUGUUUAAGACAUGUGGUGCCUUCCCUUGAUUUAUCAAAUUCAAGAAAAGCCUUCACUUUAAGGCUGCCCAUGAAAGCCAAAGCAAACUCCUCAGA